UCCUUAGCCUUCCCUUGAUGCCUGCAGAUUCUUUGACAGACCGCAACGAAGUGCUAGUGUUCAACACACAUACACACACACAUCUCUCUCUCGCACAGUGAGAGAGAGAGAAGAGAGAGAGAGAGAGAGAGAAGCUGAUCAGCUGGUAUCAUAUCAUCUAACUGCACAAAAGGAAAAGUUCCAAUGAUGCAUUCCAUCACAUAGAGAGAGCCUCGAGCCGUGAACGCCGUGUGCUUGUGUGUAUCUGUGACUGUACCUGGCAGCACGCACGGCCAUGGCAGCCACCAAGAGAUCCUUCCACGGCGCCGUCGACGGCAUUGCACGCGCCGUGGCGGAGGACGAGCUGCAGGCUGACCGGCGGCCGGAAGAAGGCACAAGGAUGAUCUUUGGCUUGCCGGUGCCCGGGGUGCCGACCAGGACGGCCGCCGCCGUCACCCAGCAGUUCUUCCCGGCCACCGUGGCGCCCGCCGCGCCGGCGCCGGCGCCGGCACCGGAGCAGUGCCACGUGGCCGCGGCGUCGGCCGCUGACCAGUGGGCACGGUCGGCGUCGAGGAAGAGCCGCCGCGGGCCGCGGUCCCGGAGCUCGCAGUACCGCGGCGUCACCUUCUACCGCCGCACCGGCCGGUGGGAGUCCCACAUCUGGGACUGUGGGAAGCAGGUGUACUUGGGUGGAUUUGACACUGCACAGGCUGCUGCAAGGGCCUAUGACCAAGCUGCAAUCAAGUUCCGCGGCGUGAACGCAGACAUCAACUUCACCCUGAGUGACUACACGGAUGAGAUAAAGAAGAUGAAGAACUUCAGCAAGGAGGAGUUCGUCCAGGUGCUCCGGCGGCAGGGCGCCGGCUUCGUCAGGGGGAGCUCCAGGUUCCGGGGAGUCACUCAGCACAAGUGCGGCAAGUGGGAGGCCAGGAUCGGCCAGCUCAUGGGCAAGAAGUACGUGUACCUUGGCCUCUAUGACACGGAGAUGGAGGCUGCCCAGGCUUAUGACAAGGCUGCCAUCAAGUGCUACGGCAAGGAGGCAGUGACCAACUUUGAGCCCCAGACGUACGAUGAGGAGCUCCAAGUGCAAUCUUGGGGCGGUGAGCUCGACCUCGAGCUCAGCCUGGGCUGCGCCGGCGGCGACCCUUCUUCCACCGUCGCCGUGGAUGCGUUCAACACCGCGCCGAGCAGGCAGAGGACGAUGACCCUGACGCUCGCCCUGCCGGAGGAGGACGAGGAGACGGGCGCCGGCUACCCUCACGGGAGCAUCCGCACCAUACCUUCCCCGACUCCGUGCACGUUCCGGCUCCUCCCCCUGGCCGACGAUCACGCUCACCACCCCCGCACCGGCGGCAGGGAUGACACCGGGCACAUGCUCCAGAUGGGCCAGGUCGGCAGCAGUGGAGGCGCGGCAGCGGCACACAUGCGCUGGCCCAACGGCGGCAAUAAUUGGGCGCCGCCGUACGCCACCGCCCGGGCCGACGCCGACGCCGACGCCGCCGCCGCAGCAUCAUCAGGAUUCCCACUGGGGCAGCUGGGCCACCGCUGCAGGCAGCAGCCGCCCGCGGCGUCCAGGCCCGGCCGCUGAGCCUGCCUGUCCAGCACCAGCAACAGUGGCACUGAGCGAGCGCCACUGGAUCGGCCACUGGCGGCCUAAAGAUUCUAGCGAGAGCCGCCGUAAGCCUCGGCCGCCGGGUCGUUCCCUUUUCCGGGUAGGCAAGGGUGGCAGCGAGGCGAGCAGCCUCAUCCCUGCGCCCGUGGCAGGCGCGGCGGCCCACCGCUCACCGCGGCCGGCACCGGCAGGAACAAUUCCGACGCCGAGAUGUAGCCGUAGGGAGGAAAUGGGGGUCACUGUGGCUACAAGAACGCUGACAGGUCGUCAGGCUGGAAAGUUUGGAGCAGUUUUGAGCAACGAGAGCUCGAAAUUUUCUGACCUGAAAUAGAUCAGACUUGGGUGACCACUGCGGUUCUCUUUUUUUGUUGUUGUUGUUGUUGGCCUCAGUGAUUCUACUAAUCUACUGUUCUUAGCUGGCUAGUUGCAUGCGUGAUGCUGCUCUAGGGCUGUUGCAUGGAUGAAACGGAAGUGGAACCCUGUGUGUGGUCCACGUUCAAAAUUAUUGCUACAAUGUAUUCUGACUUAGGCCUCGUUGGGUUC